CCUGCGGCGCGCCUGCCUGGCCGGGCUGUGCUCGCUCCGGGCCGGCCCGCCAGGCCGCGGCUGCGGGGAGUGCCGUGGCUGCCCUAGGCAAGGUGCGCGGGCAGAUUCUGCCGUGCGCGAAGAUGUUCCUGUGACCCUUUCUUCCGCCUCGUUUACUCUCUUCCUCCCCUUGCUGCCUGCCCCGAGAUGUCGUGCUCAGAGGAACUGGCUGUCCUGGCAAGUGAGGACCUGCUUGACUUUCUCCUGAAGGAUGAUAUCCCCUGCACUGAAAUCCCAGGAGAGGAGAGCAACCUCCUGGAAGACUGGGGCCUGCCAGAGCCUGAGCUUCUGAACAACAAGGAGAUGGAUGACUUCAUCAGCUCCCUGCUGAGCCCCUUUGUAGACGAGCUGGGCACGCUGCAGAGUUACUCACCUGCUGGCAGUGACAGUGGCAUUUCUGAGGACCAAAGUUUGUCACAUAGCCCUGGCAGGGACUUUGCCAGCAGCCCUCAGAGCUCAGAUGUUGUGCAGUUUGAUCACAAUUACUCCCUUCAUCAGGAUGGGCCUGUGCUGGAAAGUGUGAGGUCUGAGGUGGCAGAAGGAGAUGUUUCCAUUGACCUUGAGAUGUGGACAGGUUUAGAAAUCCCAACUGAGACACUGGAACAGAACUCCAAUUUUCCUGUUGCUGUCGCUGUGGAUGCUGGGCCCCAGUGUGUGCCUGGAGCCACCACGCAGUUCGGCUUCCCAGAGCUGAUUCUGACAGAGGAGGAGAGGCAGCUCCUGGAGAAAGAAGGUGUUUCAUUACCAACCUGUCUGCCCCUGACCAAAGCUGAAGAGCGGCUUCUGAAGAAAGUGCGACGGAAGAUCCGGAACAAGCAGUCAGCCCAGGAUAGUCGUCGCAGGAAGAAGAUCUAUGUGGAUGGCCUGGAAAACAGGGUGGCAGCCUGCACAGCUCAGAACCAUGAGCUCCAGAAGAAGGUGCAGCUGCUGCAGAAGCAGAACAUGUCGUUACUUGAACAGCUGCGGAAACUUCAGGCCCUGGUGAGGCAGUCCACAACCAAAACUACCACAGCAAGCACCUGCAUUAUGGUCCUGGUUCUGUCCUUCUGCCUCGUUCUCUCACCUAGCCUCUAUUCUUUCGGGAACAGAGGACCACAGCCGGAGCUCAGAGUGCUGUCACGGCAGAUCCGUGAGUUCCCGAACCAGGUUUGGCAGGCAGCACCUGACUUGCAGGAGGAAGCUGUGCUGGAGAAGCUUAGUCCGGAGCCUGAAGAUGCCCCACUGUUGGGCAGCCUCAAUCAGUCACGGGAAGAGGGGCAGAGUCCACCCAAGCCUGAUCCCAGAUCUGCUUUCAACAGCAACUCGUCCUCUGACCCUCCAGUGGCAGCCAGCUCUGAGCUGGGUCCUCCCCAACCCCAGGAGCAGCGCUCUGGGAGCAGCACUUUGCACUCGGCAGUGCCAGCAGCUUGGGAAGCCAAGAGGCAGGAGUGGGUGGAACAUACAGCCAGUGUUGUCAUCCAGCAGCACCAUGUAGAUGAGAUGUGACCACCAUCUCAUCUUGCCUGUCAAGAUGGUGCUGUGCACCCUGUAGAAAAGGGACAAGCAGAACUGUGUUAACAGAUAAUCCACCAGAGCAAAUGCUGGUGGCUCAGAGGGUUUGCUGGGGAGGAAUCAUUUUAGAGAUGACCUGUUCAUAUACUUUGCCCCAUAUAUCCAUAACAGGACCCUAUCAGAGAUGAGGUAGGAAACUCUGGGAACUUUUUUCCUGCUAUGGCUGUUAACAUGGUCUGUAGCCUUCAGUGAGUGCCUGUAGAGAAGGGCUGAGGCAUGGAGGAUGAAGGCACUCAGGCACCUGAGGGGCCCGAUGCCUGCUCUGCCUGGAGGCAGGUGGUGACAAGUGCCCUGCCCAAAUGGAGUUGAACAGGCUGAGUCCUGUGUUUCUUACUGUAUGCAGCAGCCGCAAGCAUCCCUUUAACCCCACACUGUUGUCUGAUUGCUGGGUGUGAGAUGAUGAGCUGGAUGUUCAUCUUCAGUGCUCUUAAAGGGAGUAGUGCUGCCAUUGCAGCAGGCCCUGCAUUUCUCCCACUUCCUGCUAGCUGUUGAGCCAUGGGCACAGCUCUUCAUCUGACUGAAGAAGGUGGUGUGGAGUUGUUCCCCAACUGUUCAUGUUGUCUCCCAUCAAGCUUUCUGGGAGCUAGCCUUUCAUCUCCCACAAAUCUGGGAGCAGGACUUGGUGUCUCGAGAGGAAGGGGCAGGCAUUGUACCGGACUGCCGAAGCAGGAGUGGUACAGAGCGGUGGAGCUGCUUGCUCUUCUGAAAGACUUUCUGGAUACAGGCCAGUUUCAGAGCUGCGUCCUCAUGUGCCUGAGCACUACUGUGCUGGUCAGUGAGGCAGUCAGCUGCCUGUGGUUGCUCUCUGCAAGGCUGAGCAGAAGCACUUUGAACGGGGGGCUGGUAUCUUUCCUGGAGCGCAGCUUAGCCGUACCCUCUGGAGCAUCUCUUUGUCCUACAUCAGUUCUAAGCUAAUGAAGAUAUUUGCAUAUUAAUUACGUUAAAUAAAGCAUGCCCUCUCUGCA